AUAUAUAUAUAUAUUAGAAAAUAGUUGACUUAUUUUGACUAAAUUGCGUGGAUUGAGUUGGCGAGUAGAAGAUUGGAUUAAACAACACGGAGGUUGUUAAUGGAGUAGUUUGUGUGUGUAGUGUGUAGGUAUGAAUAAAUGAUCUGAGUUAAUUAACUAGACAAAGUUAAAGGAAAAAGAAAAGAAAAGGAAAAAGCGAAGAUGAGUCGGAGAGGAGAUGAAGAAUACGAUUAUCUGUUCAAAGUGGUACUGAUCGGCGAUUCCGGUGUCGGUAAAUCAAAUCUUCUUUCCCGAUUCACUCGCAAUGAAUUUUGUCUCGAAUCCAAAUCCACCAUCGGCGUCGAAUUCGCCACACGCACACUUCAGGUUGAGGGAAGAACUGUGAAAUCUCAGAUAUGGGAUACUGCCGGACAGGAACGUUACAGGGCGAUUACGAGUGCCUACUAUCGCGGUGCACUCGGAGCUCUUCUCGUCUAUGAUGUCACCAAACCUACUACUUUUGACAAUGUCACCAGAUGGCUCAAGGAACUCAGGGAUCACGCUGAUGCCAACAUUGUCAUCAUGUUGAUUGGCAAUAAAACCGAUCUCAAGCAUCUCCGUGCUGUUAACACAGAAGAUGCUCAGAGUUAUGCUGAGAGGGAAGGUCUUUCUUUCAUCGAGACGUCUGCGCUUGAAGCCACCAAUGUCGAGAAGGCUUUCCAGACGAUUCUCGGGGAGAUAUACCGUAUAAUCAGCAAGAAGUCACUGUCGUCUUCCAAUGAUUCUGCUGCAGCUUCCAAUAUUAAAGAAGGUAAGACCAUUACCAUUGAAGGAUCCGAAACCACCACUACAAACAAGCCCUGCUGUACAUCGUAAACUUUAACUUCUUCAACCGGGACUCACUCGCGAGGGAGAUAUUAUAUUUUUAUAGAUACACUACAACUUUGUCUUUUCAUUUUCUUAUUAUUUUGUUUCUAUGUUUUGCUCACUAUCAGGAAUCAGGCUCAACAUUGCUCAUUGUUUUGUGCCUUAUCAUUCUUUUUCAACUUUGUUUUCAUUUCGUAUGUGUGAUCAGUUGCGUAAUCAUUAUUAUAUCAUCUUCAUUUUCAA